CGGUUUGUUAUAUCAUGGAUACUAUUUAUUUAAUUUUAGUAUCAUUUAUAGGGAUACAGAAAUUAGAAGGAUUUGAUGAAUUAUCAAGAGGUAAAACUGCAACACAGUCCCGAAUCUACCCUUGUUAUCGAGUUACUUGUGGCCCAGACAAAGCUGUGGACGGUGAUAGAAAAACAUGCAUGAGGUCAGACUAUAUUGGUCCAUUAUUUCCAGAUAAAACAACAUGGUGGACGGUAGAUCUUGGAGGAAAUCACAGCAUUUACAGCAUCAGUAUAGAUUUCAAGGACUACAAAGACUAUGAGGUGAGACAAAGAGGCCGUUUCGCCGGAUUUUCUCUUUUUAUAUCAAACACUCCUUAUAAAGAGGACGGCCAUCUUUGUUAUAAGAACACGCUCCCAUUGCCUCCCUUGGAGUUUAAUACAACUUGUAUUGGAUAUGGCCGUUACGUCAUCUAUUAUAAUGAAAGACUGGACGGAGUCACUUACCCUAAAGAUUACCAAAGCCUUGUCUUCACUGAGUUAUGUGAAGUGAAAAUUGAAGGUUGUUCGAAAUCAGGAGUUUAUGGACGUAACUGUAGUUUAUCUUGUCCAAUCAAUUGCCAAGAGCAGAGGUGUAACAUUGUCAAUGGGACAUGUCUUGGUUGUGUGCCUGGAUACAUUGGGCAAAUGUGCGAAACUGAAUGUCCCUUUGGAUGGUAUGGUGACCUAUGUAAAAGACAAUGCACAGGACAUUGCAAUGGAAACAUUUCUUGUAAUCACGUGACCGGAUAUUGUGAUGGAGGAUGUGCAGCUGGAUUGAUGGGCAAGCAAUGUGACCAACAGUGUAACAUGGGAACGUACGGCUCAGGAUGUUUACAGAACUGUACUGGCCACUGCCUAAACAAUAUCAGUUGUAACAGAGAAACAGGGAUGUGUAAUUCCGGUUGUGACGAAGGGUAUACUGGAAAUUUCUGUGAAAAGGAAUGCCCUCCAGGACGCUUUGGACAGGAUUGUCUACAGGAAUGUAGUGGUAAAUGUUGGAAUAAUAGUGGUUGUAAUCAUGUCGACGGUGAGUGUAAAGAGGGAUGUGCUGCUGGAUACGAAGGGAAGCUCUGUAACGAUGAGGAUGAAUAUCUCAGGAUCUAUAGAUAA